AUGGCGACUGGUAAGAGCUAUUUCUCUCGCUCCAAGUUCCGCUUUCUUCCCGCUAGCGAAGUACCCAACCACCGUACCGGCUGCGGCGACUUCGUCUUCGAAAUCGACGAAUCUGACCUCUUCAACUCCCCGCGCGGCGGCGGAGUUUCCAAAACGCGAAUCUCCAAGCCGAUAUCGGCGAAGGUAGUGGACGCUGGAGACGGAAGCGUAACGACAGUGGCGGCGUUGCCGGUUAACAUCCCGGACUGGUCGAAGAUCCUGAGAAACGAGUACAUCGAGAAUCGGAGAGAUAGGUUCGAGGAAGAGGCGAACUGCGGCGAUGAGUUGGAGAACGAUCGAUUUAGGGUUCCGCCGCACGAGUUUGUGGCGAGGACGAGGAUGGCGUCGUUUUCCGUCGAGGAAGGGAUUGGAAGAACGUUGAAAGGGAGAGAUCUGAGUAGAGUUCGAGAUGCGAUUUGGCUAAAAACUGGAUUCGAAGAUUGA